GGCAUGUGUGUGUGUGUGAAAGGGGGUUGGUUGAUUACUGGCACUUCCUUCCUUUACCUCCAUCUGGACAAGCGCAGCAGUAGGAUAAAGGAAACCCGGACAAAUUAUUGAUAAAUGGGAAGAGAAAGUGAGAGAAAGAACCAGCCGAUUGGCUCUCAAGGACUAACUACAGUUGUACAAAGCUGCGGAGUUUUCCAAACAAGUCUUUCUGGCUCCAAGUCAAGCCACGACAUGUCGACUUAAACCGAACUGAGGACAUACAACCAAACUGUGAUGAACCUUAACCAAAACAGUCAGUGUCAGACAUGCAUGACUCUCUCCUCAGUGUCAUCAGCUGUCUCUGCAUUCUGCUUACUGGUCUCCAUGCUGAAGAAUGCAGCCAUGGUGUUCUGGCAAAACGGGACAUAUUUUAUGUAGCAGAAGGGGGCAGUCAGUCUCUGUCCUGUGUGGUCCAGCACUGUGGACAGAACUGGACAGGGAACUGGAUGUGGAAAAAUUCAACACACAAAACGUUCAACAUCAUUAAAGACUCUGACAGGCACUAUUUGACUAAUGAGGAGCUCUCAGCAAAUGAAACUCGCCUAGUUUUGAAUCUGCUGAGAGUCAGCCAUUUGGAUGAAGGUUCCUAUAGAUGCACGGUUGUGUGGGGUCAAGGCAACACUGAUAUGGGACAUCUGACGUACUUAAACAUCACUGCAGCUGUCCCCUCUCAGAGGAAUUCGUGGCACAGGGUGUUGGUCUGUGCCGGUGCUUUACUUUGUCUUCCCCUCAUCAUGGGAUUAGCUCGAUGCCUGAGCUCAGAGGACAAGUCUCUGCCAUUUUCCAGGUCACAGUUCACACAUGCAGCUGUAUACAGACAACAACCAGAUCCGGCUCCACAGCCUCCACCCCGAUGCAGAUUACCACAGAAACGUAGCACUUCCUCUCAAAAAGCUUCCCCCAUGUCCCCGCAGAAGACUGAGGUGGUGUAUGCAGACAUAUCCAAGGAUGCACUGAGGCAACCUGUAGCCACCAGAGAACCUGCCCAGUCCACUGUGUACUCAUUUGUCAAAUUUUCCUGAUUGCAGUAGAAGCAUAGUGGAGGUAGAAAGUUGUCUGCUGGGAGUCCAUUAAAUUAAAUUGUGGGAUACUGCUUGAAAAUGA